CAUUGAGUGUAAAAUACAAUAACAAACGGCUGUUAAUGUCGGCUAUCGUUGAACACAAUUACUGGGAAUUACAGACUAAACGUCUCAACGAAACCAUGAAAUUCAUUAUAUUUGUCGCGUAUUUCAUCGCAACUCCUGAAAAAGAUUAUGGAGGCUAUGGUAGAGCACAGAGAGGCUACGGUAGAGCACCGGGAGGCUAUGGUAGAGCACCGGGAGGCUAUGGUAGAGCACAGAGAGGCUAUGGUAGAGCACAGGGAGGCUAUGGUAGAGCACAGGGAGGCUAUGGUAGAGCACAGGGAGGCUAUGGUAGAACUAUGGUAGAGCACCGGGAGGCUAUGGUAGAGCACAGAGAGGCUAUGGUAGAGCACAGGGAGGCUAUGGUAGAGCACGGAGGCUAUGGUAGAGCACAGGGAGGCUAUGGUAGAGCACCUUGGUUGUGGAGCCUAUUUAUUCGGGCGCACAAAAAGGACCUCGAGUUCAGUGAUCUCUACCGGUGCUCAAAAUCAGAUGAGACACAUCGGGUCCGACCAAAGUUGGAAAUCGAAUGGAAUAAACAAUUGAAAAGUAAAAGCAAACCAUCGCUAUUGUGGGCCAUUUUCACAUCGUUCGGACCCGAACUUACUGUACUCUAUAUCCCCGAUGCUAUCAAGGAAUUGGGACUGAGUUUGUUUCAGUCGUAUUGUGUAGUUUAUUUGGUGAGACAUUUCAACAAUGACCCCAACACUAGCCAGUGGUGGGCCAUAUGGGCAGCCGUGGGUAUUGUGUUGACCGGAAGCGUCUACCUGUUUGUCCUACACCUAAACCUCGCCUCGUCCAGCAAAGUGGGUGUCAGGAUCCGGGUCGCCUGUUGUGCUUUAAUCUAUCGCAAGUCACUGCGUUUAAGUCAUUCAUCACUCGGUAAGACAACUGUUGGCCAGUUAUUAAACAUUAUGUCCAAUGAUAUACAGAGAUUUGAUGAGUUUGCAAUUUAUUCGCGAUCAUUGUUUGUGGCGCCACUGCAGGCGGCGAUUGUGUUAUACCUGUUGUGGUCACACUUGCGGUGGGCGUGUUUGACGGGAAUGGGAAUACUGGCGCUGUUUAUACCAUUUCAAGUACUAAUGAGUCGAGUUAACCUUUCGCUGUAUUUUGUUUUAUUACGGGUUAUAAUAUACGCCUGUUUUCUAACAUAUAUACUGAUGGGCGAGAAGUUGUCGGCGGAGACGGCGUUCGCCACAAUUGCUUACUUUAAUGCCUUGCGUUGGGGAAUAGGAAUGAACGCACCCCUGGCUAUAGCCGCUCUCAGCGAGUUAAUUAUAGUCAUCAAACGUAUCCAGAAUUUUCUAUUACUCGAAGAGAUGAGUGGUUUGGUUGAGAGGGAAGGGAAAGACAACGAGGCGUUCAUUUCGGGGGAAAAUGAGAUAAUUUUUGGAGUAAUGGAUAACAACUUCAGUGAUGAAGAAAAAGGCGUUUUUAUGGAUAAUAUGAGCGUUCGUUGGAAUAAAGAUAUGACUGAACCCACGCUUCGGGACAUUAGUCUGAGUUUAAAACCCGGCGAACUGUUGGCUGUCGUCGGAUCCGUUGGCAGCGGAAAGAAUAUUCUGUUUGGCUCUCAAUAUAAUGAAGAGAAAUACAAUCGAGUGGUGAAAGCGUGCGCUUUGGACACAGAUUUCAAACUCAUGCCAUUUGGGGACAAAACACUUGUGGGGGAGAGAGGGCUGGCAUUGAGUGGCGGACAGAAGGCUAGGCUGAGUCUGGCCCGGGCUCUGUACCACUCGGCAGACAUCUACCUCUUAGACGACCCCUUGAGUGCAGUCGACACACAUGUGGCCAAACAUAUCUACCAGAAAUGUUGUGUUAAAUACCUGAAGGAAAAGGUGACUAUUUUAAUGACGCAUAGCAUUCAGUUUCUCUGUGACGCGCAUCAAAUACUUGUGCUCAACGACGGCGAGUGUGUGGCCAUCGGGUCCUACCAUCAGCUCAAAGAGCGCGGCAUUGAUCUCAUGGCAUAUCAGAGACAAACCGAUGAAACAAAUCAUAACAGAGCUGUGAAAAGGAGGACAUCUGUCACUCCUUCAAUCGUCUCAACCAUUAGUGAGGAAUCGGAAGUGACGGACGUUAGAGACGCGGAAGAAGUAGACGAACAGGAAGUGAAGGCCGAACUUAAAAUGAUUGGAUCCGUUGAGACCAGUGUUUAUUUGGCGUACAUUAAGGCCGGCGCCGGACCUCUACUUGUAAUUCUUACCAUUUUGUUUUUGAUCGUUUCCCAAGUCCUUUAUCAGGGAAGCGUUUAUUGGUUAAGCUUAUGGACUAAUGAAAUGCGCAAAACGCCUGAUAAAAAUAUUCUGUGCGUUAUUGCGAUCACCGAUACAUCUGUUCGAGAGUUCGCCGAUCGCAGUAAUAAGUACACCCGGAGUCCGGUGUACUCUCACGUGAACACAACGCUGUGUGGGCUGACAUCGAUCCGUGCGUUUGGCGCACAGCAUAUGUUUGAGCGUCAGUUUGAAGUCCACCAAAACGACAACACCUCUACGAACUUCCUAAUCAUCUUUACUUCGAGAGCACUCGGAGUCUUAAUGGACACCAUUUGCAUACUAUAUCUCAUUUCUAUUAUAACAUAUAUUAUGAUCAGUAGUAACGAAAUUCUCGGAGGAAAUGCUGGACUUUUGUUAACGUCAGCUCUAUCGUUGACAACUGUGGUUCAAUGGUCGGUUAAAUUAUCGGCCGAUACCGAGUCCUAUAUGACUGCUGUCGAGCGAGUGCUCGAAUACAUAGCUAUUAAACCCGAGGCAGAGCUCGAGUCCACUCCCGAUCGGAAACCACCCAAAAAUUGGCCACAAAUGGGAGAAAUAACUCCGAGUGCUCUCGAAGUAAAGAUGAUUAGGAAGAAAGUAGAGGUGUUGUCGUUUUGGUGGACUUCAAAC